UAUAUCAGUCGCACGCGCGCUCACAUAACAGUCAUACGCGAGGAAGCAUCAGGGAGUUCACACGGUACGCGAUGUGAAUUGUGUUUGCCGACUGUAGGACGGGUUUAUUUUUAAUUUCAAUAUUUUCCCCUUUGUACCGUCAUUCCUGGUGACCUCGCACAAGUAUUCGUCCCAAAUAUUAAAUGAAUUUUAAUUGGCCUGUAAGUAAUUUCGACUGCAAACAUUGUAGUACCAAGUCAUCGCAUUCGCCGUGUUCUCUAACAAGAAACGAACAAGUGGUGUUGUGCAAGUGACGGACAGCAGAAAAAAAACUCAACUAUCCGUGCUAAGGAUGACUUAAACUCGAAUCAACAACGUUAAAAAGCCGAAAUUAUGCAGUGAAGAGGUGAAAAGAAAAUAGAAAUCAAUCCAGUGACUCUAACCUCAAAGCUCACAUCGAACACCAUGAAAGCCGCAACUUCCAAGCCCGUGGUUAUCUGAUAGUGGUUCAGUGUGUGUUGAUUUCGAGGUGUCUACCUCCUUUUUUCACUCUCAGACAUUCCGUCAAUCGCUGGAUUACUUACGUCGCGACGCCUAUAUAGCUUCGUCAUUCGCAGUCGAGACCCUUAAUUGCACACGGGCUUGGCAGUGAAAACCGCUUGCGUAAGCUGGCGUUAGAAUUUCUCUGAUUGAGCGACUCGUAAGCAAAAAUGGCUUCGUUCGGCGCUUGGGACUACGUGGUGCUCGUUGCCGUAAUGAUGGUGUCGGCAGGUAUCGGCAUUUACUACAGGUUUUCCGGUGGCAAGCAGAAAACCACUACGGAAUAUUUGCUGGCCGAUCGCAACAUGUCCAUCUGGCCGGUAUCGUUCAGCCUGAUGGCAAGCUUUAUGUCGGCGAUCACACUGCUGGGAGUUUCGAACGAAAACUACCAAUUUGGGACCCAGUUCGUAGUGAUAAACUUUUCGUACGGAUUGGCCACACCGAUUGCAGCCUAUUUGUUUCUGCCUGUAUUUUUCAAACUGGAGGCCAGUAGUGCCUAUGAAUAUCUAGAGAUGCGGUUCGGUAAAAAGACUCGAUUGGUUGCCUCACUGGCCUAUCUAUUGCAAAUGAUUUUGUACAUGGGAAUCGCCGUUUACGCCCCGGCGCUGGCCCUGGAAGCGGUCACCGGCUUGAAUCAGACCUAUUCCAUCCUGGCGAUCGGAAUAAUCUGCACGUUUUACUCUACAAUCGGUGGUAUGAAAGCGGUGUUGUAUACAGAUCUGUUCCAAUCGAUAUUAAUGUUUGCGGCUAUUUUCGCGGUUAUUAUCUGCGCCGCAAUUGACGCCGGAGGCUUAGGAAAAAUCUGGGAAGUUGCUGAAAGGGGGAACCGGCUGGAAUUUUUGAAUUUCGAUCCAGAUCCAACUACACGACACACCUGGUGGUCUCUGAUAAUCGGUGGAAUGUUUACAUACCUUUCGCUUUAUGCGGUCAACCAAACGCAGGUCCAGCGGCUUAAAACUGUCAAGGAUCUCAGAUCAGCUCAACAGGCGCUUUGGCUAAACUGGCCAAUACUGUCGUUGCUAAGUCUCAGCACCUCCUUUAGUGGUCUAGCAAUUUAUUACUACUACAGUACUUGUGAUCCACUGAAACAAGGCCGUAUCAGUGUCCGCGAUCAGACAAUGCCGCUGUUCGUGGUGGACGCUAUGGGAAGUAUGCCCGGACUGCCAGGCCUGUUUGUGUCCGGUAUCUUCUCUGCAAGCUUGUCUACAGUAUCAGCAGCACUCAACUCACUAGCAGCUGUCACUCUGGAGGACUACCUGAAACCACUGUAUGCCAAAAUUCGGGGCCGGUCCCUGCCCGACAUGCAGUCCAGUUUCCCCACCAAGGUAAUGGCAUUCGUCUAUGGCGUCAUCUGCAUAGCUGUGGCCUUUAUUGCCCAAUUUAUGGGAGGCGUGCUGCAAGCUUCGUUGACGAUUUUCGGAGUCGUAGGAGGACCGCUUUUCGCUCUUUUCUCGAUGGGAAUGUUUACAAAACGCGCAAACCAAAGAGGAGUUAUCGUCGGCUUGCUAGUGGGACUGUCAUUUUCCCUCUGGAUCGGAUUUGGUCAACCCAAACCGCCUCUCAAGAUGCUGAACUUUUCCGUAGACGAUUGCAGCCGAUUUGGUGGAUAUAACUCCACCGAAAGUACCCCGAUUGUAAUGGCACAGCGAGUAGACAGACCAGCCUCGGACUAUUUCUACCUGUACAGAUUGUCCUAUCUGUGGUCGGUUGUACUAGGAUAUAUAGUAACCUUCAUCGUAGGCUACGGAACUAGCUUAACGCUGCGAUGGCUCGGUUACGAGGGAAAAGAACGGAUCUAUUUAGACAACGAUAAAAUGUACAUUAACACGGAACUUUUCUCGCCCCCGAUCGCCAAGCGCAUGAAAAGAGCUCUCGCCAGACAUAUCGAGAAUGGAGGCGAUAUCGAAAUCACCAAACAAAAUGGCAUCCAUAAAGCUGAUUUCACCCACCUCUGAGAUUCACCCUGUCUGUCUCAUACACAAAAAUUGGUGUAGACUGUUAUUAGCGUUACCUUUACAAGCCGAGAUCGAACAAAUUCAUCCACAACAACACAUCAAGUAUUGAACGUACCGACUGGCAGAUCAAUGUGUGAUCCCGAAAACCGCUUUUAACUUAAAUCAGCAUGAAUGUGUCCUUAACAAAACAAAAUGCCAGGCAAGUUGCCGCAUUACAAUGCGUUUCGAUAAUCGAACGGUUCAACAAUAAUCGGUAAUUGCACACUAGCUGCAAUGCGAACAAUACAAACGUCUUCCAGAGAACGAGUAGUUAUGGAUAUACAUACACACAAGUAGUAAAACUAUGCUCUAGUUUUAGGCACAAACACAGCAAAACAAAGGUUGAUUUACUUAAUUGUUUUUAGAAAAACGAAGAAACUUACUAAUUUAUUACUGCGGUCGCUUAUGUUUCCAAUAGGCGAAACUGACGCAGCGUAAUGGCCAAUUGGCUUAUCUUGAUUCAGUAGUGUGAUAUAUAGUAUAUGGCAGUGAAACGAAAAUGUUUAUCAAUUGUUACAAAUUGGAGUGAUGUCGAGUAAAACAGGAUAUACAGGAAGAA